UAAAUACAAAAACAAUCAGAAGCGAGCAAUACCGUUUGACUCAAAUGGAUAACGAAAACCAUAUAUAAAAAUAAAAUACUCAAGCAUUAAUUAAAUUAGUACCAGCAAUUAUAUAAUAUAUAAGGAGUGCCAGAGCGUAUAGACAAGCGUGAUGGCAGCAACGACCGUAAUUGCUGAUCUAUGCAUAUUUCUGCUUACUUGGAACGUGGGCACACAUUCGCCAAAAAAUGUGCCAUUGACAUCGCUGUUGGCGCUAAAUGGCACCACAAGCUGCCCGGAGAAUCGCAUGCCGGACAUUUAUGUAAUUGGCAUGCAGGAGGUGGCCACCAAUCAUCUAAGCGUAUUUCAAGAUGAUCCAUGGGUGAUAAGGUUUGCGAGUGCGUUGAGCGAGUACGAGUAUGUUAAGGUACACUCCAAGCAACUGCAGGGCAUACUGAUAACUAUGUUCACCAAACACAAGCAUAUACCUCAUAUGAAGGACAUUGAGACGGAGGAGACAAAGACCGGACUGGCUGGUCUGUGGGGUAACAAAGGUGCAGUGAGCAUACGUUUGAGUCUUUAUGGCACAGGCACAGUCUUUGUUUGCGCCCAUUUGGCGGCACACGACAACAAACUGAAGGAACGCAUUGAGGAUUACCAUCAGAUAGUGGACAAGCAUAAAUAUGAUGUCAGCGGGUAUCGUCGCAUAUUUGAUCAUGAUUUUGUGUUCUGGAUGGGCGAUCUGAACUUCCGGCUGGCGGGCGAUGAAACAGCCGAUCGUGUGCUCAACGAUGUAGAAAACGGACACCUUACGGAGCUGCUGAAGCUGGAUCAGCUUACGCUGCUGCGCGAAUCGGGUCAGGCGUUUAGUUUAAUGGAGGAGCAGCUACCCACAUUUGCACCCACUUUUAAAUUUAAAGAGGGUACCAACGAGUACGACUUGAAGCGCCGUCCGGCCUGGUGUGAUCGCAUACUACAUCGCGUGCAGGCUAAUAGCUACGCCUCAAUUUCGCUGAGUGCACAGCAGUUGUCUUAUCAAUCGAACAUGGAUUAUACGCUCUCCGACCACAAGCCUGUGUCGGCUACGUUUAAUUACAAAAUUGAAACCCAAAACAUGAACUAUACGGACGAGGAGCUGCACGAGAUGACGCACGGUGCGGCAAGCCCAAUGCCAAAUGUUAGUGUGCUCGGCUUCAUCGCUGUUAUCGUUUUUCAUGCUGUGCAGUCAUUUUGAUUUGCUUUUCGCUUUUUCUUUUAUAGUUGUUUAAUGCCCAACUUGAAGAGUUCCAGUGAUAAGUGCGUGACCUGUACAUGCAAGCAAUCUCUCAUAUCAAACAUAUCGGACACAAGUCCAAGCAAUUUGUAAUCUAAUGUAUUUGAUCAAGAUAUCUAGCCUAAGUCGGAAACCCAUUGACAAAUGUAAGUGAAUCUCACAAUCAGUACAAUUGAAAUUAACAAAACAAACAUACUCAUGGCGUAAAUAUAACAGUACAAGCAGUUAGUACAAUUAAAAAGUCAAUUAUUAGCAUUUUUCAUAGAAAUACGUAAAAGACAACUACUGUAACAAACAAAUAAUGUUAAAGUUAAUGGUUGUGUUAAUGUUGUUAAUUUUUUUCUCAA